AUGGAUGCUCUACUUUCAGGAGGCGAGGCUUCGAUCGCUAGAGCCUGGGGAACGAUUAGAGAAAGCUUUGCCACCAUUGUCAAGCAAUCUGGCGGUUUGCAUUCAGAAAACUUCCUUGUUCCACAAUCUACUGCAUCAACAUCAAAGGCGAACGGCACCACUACACCUUUGCUGACCCCUUUACCGACAUUUGGCAAGCAGUCUGUCAGUUUAGUUCGAGGACAUCCCAAAGUUUAUCUCGCAAUUUGCUAUCAACUAGCAGAGCUCAUGCUCGCCGCUGGCAUAAUCAUCUGCUCUAUUUAUGUGAAAUCACAAGCGCUGACUCACAUAUCUAGACGCAUACAGAAGCUUCAUGUAGAAAUCGAAUUUCUAGAAGAACUUAUUGCCAGUAUGACAUCUUCAACAAGGAUGUACGGACUUUUCCCAUUUAUUGGUGGUGUUGUCAUGGCAAUUAUCAAUGUACUGCUUAUUUACCAGUGUUUCCAGUACGGCAUCAACAUUAGCAGUAACUUAUGUGGAAUAGCAGCCAAUACUGCAAUCGCAUUCCUGCUUUUCUCUGGAAGUUUUCUUGUGCUCUUGGACGUCUCACGUUAUCCGAAUGACAUAGCAGGCGUCAGCAAAGACAAUAUCUAUCUUCUGAUGCAUUUCAUGAGAGUAGCAAUCCAUGAACAGGAUCCAUUUCUGAAUAGCAUUAUUCAAACUCUACACGAACAGUUGAAGUGCUGUGGUUUUCAUAGCGUUAAUGACUACUACACACAACGUCAAAUCGACUACCCUCCACCUUCGGAAGGAACAAACCUGCAUUCGUUUCGUAUGUCAAACCGGUGGAUCCGCAAUUGCUCAUUCAUAGCCACAGAAGACUUUAAUGCUACACACAUAUGCUAUGCUCCAAGAUUUUGCUGUGCUGACAAUAAGGAUGGUGCCGUUAUUGACGCAUGUCCACCGUUCAAGUGGGAUGGAACAACCCAACUCUCUCCGUCCAGCAAGAUGUACCGACAUAGUUGCGCUUGGCGCGUCGCACGCAAUUUUCACGAUAAAGCCGUGAAUAUUACUAUUUUAUCUGUGACAGAUCUUCUGGUAAUUAUGAUCAAUGGUGUGUACCUACUGCGGUGGAGAUCAAGAAUGAAGCCACCUCCCUAG